AGUACGAGCGCUCCUGGAAAGCUUGCCUCCAUCUCGUCGCAAUCUCGAUCGCGCAGCACUGGCUGCAAAGCCUACGUUACCAUGCCAUGGGGAUAAUUGUGAUCCUAUAAUCCAAUCAGAAAAUGCUUUGGGGUCAUCCCUGCACUCCCUCUCAUAGGGGUGUCGUGCGCUUUUGUUCGCAGAAAUUGCGCUCGCCACGCAUCGUCCGGUCACAUCCAUCGUCAUUGCUAACAAGGUAUCUUGCUACGCAGCCUUCAGUGCACAGUGUUGAUGAAAAUUCUCGACGGGAGUCUCUCGCAGUUCCCGCUUUGGCUAGGUUUAACGAAAUCGGAGUCCAACAAUUGAGUGACCAUGUAUACUCGCAAGUAUUCCUACAGAAAGCGGAUCCGCCAGACCCGGGAUUGGUCGCAUUGUCAAAGGAACAUCUGUCGAGGCAUGACUUGCUAGGAAAAUCUCAGGAUGCCGCCGAGCCGAUCGCCUUUGAUAUGCCUGACCUUCAAGGGCAGUCGCUUGACGAGCAUUUUUUCAAAUUAGGAAUGGACUCAUCGGAGCCGUAUCUCGGGUAUGCCAAACAAUAUACGGUGGUGAAUUCCCCCGAGAAGCCGCGCAAGUGGAUCAAACGCAGUGGGUGGACAAAGUACAGCGCCGAUGGCUCGUGGGAACCUGUUGACGCGCCAAAUGAGGCCAUGUUGACGUUCGAUACCGAGGUCAUGUACAAGGAGCAUUCUUUUGCUGUAAUGGCUUGCGCGGUGAGCCCUACGGCGUGGUAUGCUUGGAUAUCGCCCUGGUUGUUGGGAGAGUCAGACAACGAGGUUCAGCUCAUUCCACUUGGAGAUCCGUCCCAGCCGCGGAUUGUCGUCGGCCACAACAUCGGCUACGAUCGGGCUCGUGUUCGCGAGGAAUAUGAUAUGGCACAGUCUCGUAACUUUUUCCUCGAUACCAUGUCGCUUCACGUGGCAGUCAACGGCAUGUGUUCGCAGCAGAGGCCUACCUGGAUGCGGCACAAGAAAAACCGGGACCUGAGGAACAAGAUCGCCAGUGAAAAUAACUCGGUAGAGCUAGCAGCCCUGCUGGAGAGUAAAAUGCUCAGUGAUGAGGAGGAAGAAUUGUGGGUGGGAAGAAGCUCUGUGAACUCACUUCGCGACGUAGCCAAAUUCCACUGCGAUGUUACGAUUGACAAGGCACAACGCGACUACUUUGGCGAACUGGACAGACAUGGGAUAUUGGGAAAGCUGGAAGAGCUCCUCGACUAUUGUGCAGCCGAUGUUGCAAUUACCCAUCGCGUGUACAAGAAAGUCUUCCCUAAUUUCUUGGAAGUUUGCCCGCACCCUGUCAGCUUCGGCGCCCUUCGACAUCUUUCCUCGGUCAUUCUGCCUGUCAAUGAGACAUGGAAAGAGUAUAUCGCUAACGCAGAAGGAACCUACCAUCACCGCCUCGAUGACGUCCAGCGGAAAUUGAUUGAACUUUGCAAUGAAGCCCUGAAAGUCAAAGACUCUCCCGAAACCUACAUGAGCGACCCUUGGCUACGACAGCUGGACUGGACUGGUCAGGAAAUCAAGAUGGUGAAAGGGAAGAAGAAGGAUGACCCUCCACGACCAGCUGCCAGACAGAAGAAGCCGGGCAUGCCGAAGUGGUAUAAGGAUCUGUUCGCUACCAACACGGCUGAUAUCAAUUUGACUGUCCGCACUCGGAUUGCGCCCAUACUGCUCAAGCUGUCAUGGGAUGGUUACCCUUUGACAUGGUCCGACAAGUUUGGGUGGACUUUUAAAGUCCCGCGCGAGCUCGUCAAGAAUUAUGAGAAUCAGCCAGUAGUUCUAUGCGAUAUGUCAGAGGAGAAGAACCCGGAGCUACAGAAUGACUGGAAGAACGUGUUUUUCAAGCUUCCACAUAAAGACGGGCCUCAAGCACGGUGCACAAACCCUUUGGCGAAAGGAUAUAUGCAGUACUUUGAACGUGGAACGCUCUCCUCCCAGUAUGCCCUCGCCAAAGAGGCGCUAGACAUGAAUGCGUCUUGUUCUUAUUGGAUCAGUGCACGUGAUCGUAUCAUGGGUCAGAUGGUAGUCUACGAGGACGAAGUGCGAGGGCCGAGAUCUAAUGGAGAGUCCGAUCAUCGACUCGGCUUUAUCCUCCCUCAAAUCAUUCCUAUGGGAACCAUUACUCGCAGAGCCGUGGAAAACACCUGGCUUACAGCCAGCAACGCAAAGGGAAACCGUGUUGGGUCUGAACUGAAGGCCAUGAUCAAAGCUCCUCCGGGCUACGUUUUUGUCGGCGCGGAUGUCGACUCCCAGGAGCUGUGGAUCGCCAGUCUUGUCGGAGAUGCGCAGUUUCAAAUCCACGGUGGCAAUGCUAUCGGGUUUAUGACUCUGGAGGGAUCCAAGGCAGCAGGGACGGAUAUGCACUCCCGCACAGCCCAGAUCCUGGGUAUCUCCCGCAACGAUGCCAAAGUGUUCAACUAUGGGCGUAUCUACGGAGCCGGCGUCAAAUUUGCUGCUACUUUGCUGCGUCAGUUCAAUCCAUCCAUGACGGAGCGAGAGACCCAAGAGGUCGCAACCAAGCUAUACAGAGAGACCAAGGGUACCCGUACGACUCGUCGUAUACUGAAUGAAGGACCAUUUUGGAGGGGCGGAACUGAGUCAUUCGUCUUCAACAAACUCGAAGAGUUUGCGGAGCAAGAAAGACCCAGAACGCCUACCCUAGGUGCCGGCAUCACCGAGGCCUUGAUGCGACGCUUCAUCAACAAGGGUAGCUUCAUGACAUCGCGGAUCAACUGGGCCAUCCAGUCGUCCGGUGUCGAUUACCUUCACCUCUUGAUCGUCGCCAUGGACUACCUGAUCCGACGCUUCAACAUCGCCGCUCGCCUGGCCAUUACCGUCCAUGACGAGAUCCGAUAUCUGGUCAAGGACGAGGACAAAUAUCGAGCGGCUCUGGCUCUGCAGGUCGCCAACGUGUGGACGCGCGCUAUGUUUUCGCAGCAGGUUGGAAUCAACGACCUCCCUCAGUCCUGUGCCUACUUCUCGGCCGUGGACAUUGAUCACGUCCUGCGCAAGGAGGUGGAUAUGGAUUGUGUGACACCGUCCCAUCCCCACAAGAUUCCUCAUGGCGAGAGUCUCGACAUCGCCCAGCUUUUGGACAAGAAUGAAAGAGCCCGGCUCGAUCCUUCCAUCACGCCGUUGUCUCCGCCAAGCCCACAGAAAUACCAGUACACGCCACGACCGUCCGUCAUGUCCUCCCUCCAAGUUUCAAACCACCCGGCUUUCAUUCGCGCGCAGAUCUCCAAAGACGACGGCGAACUCCGCGACAUCAUCCGCGAGGUCACCAAAACGAAGUCCCCCGUGGCGCCACCGAACACACGGUCCCCGAGUGGUCGCGCCAAACCCACGGCCUCCGUGGCGGCUGAGCCUCAAAAGGCCAUUUUGAUGGACGUCGGACCCAGUCUUUACCCCGAUUUCAAGAACCUUGCACCCGGGAGCCGGUCUCCCCAGGUGGGCUUCAGCCGUCAAAGCUGGAAGCCGAGACCGUCAGCGCGAGCCUAGCCCGGUCGAGUCAUUUCCGCCUUCAUUCAGUUCUGUUCCCUCUUGUAUAUAUAAAUGUUUUCCUCGCCGUCUUGGUAAACCAGGACGUGCCUCUCCGCCUUCUCUAUUUCUCUCUGUGUCUUUCGAAUUCUCUUCGCCGAAUUGUAUUAUCCCCGAAACCGUUGGUGAAAAGCAUUGGGACGGCGUCCGGACAGCUCCACAUUUCACGGGUCACGUUGUGUCUGUCAGAUAUUUAAUCAUGGGUUAUUAUUCUAUGAUGGUGGAUGUUCAUCAUGAUGUAUCAAAACACAAUACAAU